AUGGAACAAACGACUAGAGGCCGAGCAAUCGCACAUGAACUGCGUGCUUUUGAAAACUUAUUGAAGUCUAUUCCUACAUCCAAGGAAUCGAAGGAGACAAUACUCUUGGAGGAUGUUUCUAAUGAGAAAGUUUGCAUCUCCUCUCUGAUUCCUAAAGAUACAACUGUAAAUAAAUGUAUAGUAGUGUUUUCGCAACUAGUUGAAGAAACUAACAAGCUUAUGUGCGAUGCGACGGAGAGACAUUUUCCUACAUUGCUUCUCUACAGUGAAGAAGCUCUCUCCAGAGAGAAUACGACCGAAUCUCAGAUAAUAACAAGUAUGGCUAAGUUUCUCCCGGUUCUGCUGGACAUAUCGUCGUUCAUAUCUCGUGUCAAUGAGGUCUUCAGAAAUCUUCUGCAACAGCUGCGACACUUCUUCAAACUUGAUAGUUCUGAAGUUAAAGGAAGCGGAGAAAAGACAUUCCAACGUGUAUGGAAGGCAUUAGGUGAACUAUUAUCCAUGUUGGUUCAAAUGGACGAAAUUUAUCUCAGUCGUCCUAUCACGAAGCAGCAUUGGGAUGUUUAUAGGAAAGCAAUUGAGUCUGUGCAGCACUAUCCUAGUAAAUUCAACAUUCUACCGGAAGAUAUAACACCAUUGUUGUCCAACUUAGUUUUGAUUGAAGGGUGCAUAAUGUCCGGCAAUGGCUUGAGGAACUGUUACGAACAAUGCUUUGGUGAGUUGGACGAAGAUACAACGUUUGCAACUAGAAUGAAAGAUAAUAUCACAACUAUGUACCAGAAGUGGGAGAAAGCUGCAGAGGUCGAUGUUCCGGAAAAGAGAAAGCUUAUGGCUAUUGUGUCUCUGACGGUGUUCUACCAUCUUCACUUUCCCAAACCUAGCACCAAGCUCUUGAAAACAGUUUGGGCAUCGCACAAAAAAAUGAUAGCAUUCUACCUAUUUGGUGACAUUUUGUGGAGUCCGUGUGCUUUCCUACUAAGAGAAGUGGGAGAUAUCAAUAAUAUCGUAGAUAAGAAAAGUAUUUCACUUGUACAGAACUUCAGAGAUUCAUUCACGACUGAGACUUUUGUAACGGAGGCUGUAGCUUUGCUUAUCCCAGCUAAUGAAUGGGUUAUAGAAAUAUCUGAAGAGUUUUCUAGGGCCGGAAAAGUAGAUGCGGCCCGAAGCCUGAAACUUUCUGAAUUUGUUCUGAGGGGAGUGAGAUUAGCAGACACAAUGUCGAAGUUGUUAAAAAUGAUUCUGUAUGGUCCUAGAGAAUCGUUGAAGCUAUCCAAGAAGAUGGCCUUCCAAGUAUUCGAGUUCAUUGAAAGUGUGAAGGCUAUAUCAUUGCUGCUCCACAAGAACUGGAGACUCUUGCAUGAGGCUAUAUCUUUAGCCAGUCAACAGUGGAGAGCUCAUAUCUUGUCGAUGCUUAACAAACUGAAGAUUAAAGCUCGUGAACAAAACGAUGAAGAUAAAGUGUCGGCUUUGGACACUGCUAUAAUCUCAAUGGCAUCAUCAGCUUCUCGAACUAGGCUCACAGUUUGUGGAAUCUCCCUGGAAAUGGCACAGUAUGAUAAGCUACUGAAACCUGUUGAUAUUGCACAAAUGGAAGGCUUACUAACUCGUAUUCAUACUCUUCUCCAACCACUGAAACUCAUAGAGAGAGGAUGUGACUGUUCAUUCAUCUUCUUCCAAAAAGUUCUGUUUGAAAUUUAUUGGGAUACCAUCUACGACAGAAUCCCGAGUGAUUCUUCUUUGAAGUGUUUCCUAUUUGCGCAAACCGACUGCCUUUCUCUCUUGUCUCAGAAUGGAAGUGACGAGUUCUAUGAGACUGUUCAAAACCAACUAGCAAACCAUAUGCGAAACGGGCUUCUGGUUCCCUCAUGCGGCCUAGUGGAGAAUGACUUGAGAGUUCUGACUCACAAACACUUGGCUGUUGCCGAGGCUGACAAAACUUCAAAUAUCAAAUUGGGCUUCCUAAGAAGAUUGUUGAAAAAGCCAAUUCUUCCGCUUUACGAUAAAUGCUACGAUGUCAAAGAAUUCGUGGAAAACUAUCUUGAAACCACCUUCUAUGAUUUGACUGCUGUCUCACUACAUGACUGCCAUACAUACUGCAAGAUGGCUCUCCUAGCUGAAGAGAGGUUCGGUCUAAACCUCAUAUCCGGUGAUCUUCCUCAUCAUUCCAUUGAUCAAGGAUUGGAUAUCAAGUAUGUGAUUCUGACGUUGCAGCAGUUCACUGUUGGGUUCAACUACUGCAUUAAUCAUCAGAUUUUUGUAGAAAAAACUUCUCCGAAUAAAACCAUUCGUGUGGUAACAUCGGAACAUAUGACAGCUUCUCUAAGAACACACGGCACCGGGAUACUUAAUACGAGUGUCAAUAUCGUUUAUCAGUUGUUGAAAACUAAGUUCUCUAUCUUGGCUCAAUUCCUUUCCGAUGAACACAUCCGAGCUCAGCUCCAACGCGAUAGGAGACACUUCGCUGAGAAGAAAGAGAGUUACAAUCAUUUGUAUCCAGUUAAGAGAGCUGAAAAGUUCAAUAAGACUUUGGAAAAGUUAGGAGGAGACGAGGAAGAAUCCUACAUGGACAAGCUGAGAGAGCUCGUCACUCAGGUUGGAAACGCUCUUGGAUUCGUUCGAACAAUGUCUUCGGCAGCGUAUGCCAUCAACAGUCAAGUGAAAGAAUACGACGUUGAGUUUGAAGAUGACAACAUUGAUUUGAGCCAUUCAGCCGAUAAUGUCUUAAAUAGUCUGAACAAAUUGCUGAGUGAUGUCCGAGAGUCAUCUUCGAAAAACAGAAAUUUCAUGAAGAUGUUGGUCGACGUAUAUCGAACUGCUUUAUCCAAGUUAUCACAAUUGGAAAACUUCUUCAUGCUAGUCCCACCUCUCCUUUUGAACUAUUUACAACACAUGCUCACAUGUAGAGAAAGACUGAAGAAACGCCUACAAACACCAAACAAGGAAAUGACCUUUGUUGAUGAUGGUUUCCAUUUAGGAGUCGCUUACCUGUUGACUGUUCUGAACCAAUGGACUCUGUUCACAGAUCUGCAAUGGAUGGAAUCACUUAGAAGGAAAUUGGAUGAUGACGGCACAGAAAUGACUUCGAAGUUGGCUGAGACACGAGAUCGUCGAUCUGAUGCGUUGAUGGCUAACAUAGUUAAUUCAACUUUCAGGGAAUAUCAACAGAUCACUUACACAUUCCAUUCGGCACGUGUUUUCUUUUCAUUCGAUGAUGACGAGAGCGAGCCAUAA